CAAGGCAAGUUCUUUACGGUUCCCACUCCCACCUAACCCAGACACGCCCAAGUUUAGGGUUUUGUCUAGGGUUUCUCUCCAAUUUCCACAAAAGCAACCGCUUCCUUACUUCGAGCCCCAUUACUCGAGCUUCACCUUUUCACCACAUGAUUCCGUAGCUGAGGGCUUCGAUUCUCUGAGAGGGGCUAGUGCUUCAGAAUGGAAGCUCGAGUGGCCGUGUCUAGCCGUGGAGCCGUGGUUGAUGGCGGCCCCCGAAAAUUCUUGCAACAGCAGCAGCAGCAGCAGCAGCAGCUUCACCACAGUCAGCCACCAAUAUCGCCGGGGCAGCAGCACCAGAUAGGGACGGUGCCGCAGCUCCUUGCCGGCGGCAUCGCGGGCGCUUUCAGCAAGACCUGUACCGCGCCGCUCGCCCGCCUCACCAUUCUUUUUCAGGUGCAAGGUAUGCAUUCUAAUGCUGCAGUGUUGACCAAGACUAGCAUAUGGGGUGAGGCCUUGCGUAUUGUUAAUGAAGAAGGCUUUAGAGCAUUUUGGAAAGGGAAUCUAGUAACCAUUGUUCAUCGUCUUCCUUACUCUUCAGUCAACUUCUAUGCUUACGAACGCUAUAAAAGUCUAUUAAAAUCAAUUCCUGGCCUGGAAAGUCACAACAGAAGUGCACAUACGGAUAAUUUUGUCCACUUUAUUGGUGGUGGAUUAGCAGGAAUGACAGCGGCCUCUAUGACAUAUCCAUUGGAUCUUGUAAGGACACGUCUUGCGGCCCAGAGAAGUACCAUCUAUUAUCGGGGUAUUUGGCAUGCACUCCAUACUAUUUGUAGAGAUGAAGGUUUUUUGGGUUUGUACAAAGGACUUGGUGCGACGUUACUGGGGGUUGGACCCAGUAUAGCAAUAAGCUUUACUGUUUAUGAGAUGCUGAGAUCCUAUUGGCAUUCUGAAAGGCCUGAUGAUUCUACUGUCUUGGUUAGUCUUGCUUGUGGCAGUCUCUCUGGUGUUGCUUCAUCUACAGCAACAUUUCCUUUGGAUCUCGUCAGGCGAAGAAAGCAGUUGGAAGGAGCUGCUGGUCAAGCCCGUAUGUGUAAAACAAGCCUUUUUGGGACCUUUAGACAUAUAAUACGCUCUGAAGGCUUGUGUGGCUUAUAUAGAGGGAUCCUGCCCGAAUACUAUAAGGUUGUUCCGGGGGUGGGAAUUGCUUUCAUGACUUACGAGACGUUGAAGAAGAUUUUGUCAGAUGGACCUCUAAACAGCUAGUUGCCAGUGCAUCCAGAUGUACCCGCUCUUGGCUCUUGAGCAUGAGUUUUGCCAGUCAGUAUUAUAGCUUGUUGUCUUCGGAUGCUCUGGUGAAGAGAUCCGGGGUUUAAGAUAAAGGUGGAUAGGAGAAGAGCAUUUAUAGUUUUUACAGUUCUUUUUUUUGUUGUUUUCUGAGACGACUCGUAAUGAAAAUUUUUUAUUGUUGCUAGCAUGGAACACAUUUCAGUGUAUAGAUUAUUAGAUAGUUUCGGAGAACCAGAUCUUGCACCGGCCUUUGAUACUUAUAGUUCUAGGUUUUGGAAAUUUUCCCUUUCUAUGAUGGUAAUAUGAGAGCAAGUAUUCUGUUUGUGCUGGCUUAGUUAAGUUGCGAUGUCUGUAUUCUUAUGAAGUUUUGAGUGUACUAGCAGCCAAGAAGACAGGCUUCUUUUCCUUUC